AUGGAGGUACGUGGUCCUCGGAGGAAUCCCAGCUACCUCUCUGAUCUCUAUCAGAACAUGUUACGGGCUGAAGAAGCACCAGGACGAGGGCAGCAGCAGACCCCAGCAGUCCAUACAAGUAGCAGCAUGACUCUUCGGAGCAGUUCCCCAGCCAAGGGUGGCCCCCAGCCAAAUAAGCUUCAGAGCAGCACUUCUUCCAGCUGUGACCCAGCGUUACGGCCUAUCAUACGCCGCCGAGCGAGAUCUUUGCCAACAUCCCCUGAAAGAAGGAAGCAGGCAGCAGUGCAGUGUCGUGUUCCUGGAUGCCAGAGUCGUAUGAACCGGGUGAGAUUUGCUGAUGCUUUGGGCUUGGAGCUUACUGAAGUGAAAGUCUUCCAGACCGGGGAGGAUCCAUCAAUCCCCUUGCAUGUCCUUUCCAGGCUCUCCAUAAACUCAGACCUCUGGUACAGCAGCUCACACUUGGAGUUUACCAUGCAGUGCUUGGUCCCUGACUUCCAGCAGCCUGCAGAUUGUAUGGAUUUCUCCUCCCGACUUCAGGAGCAGCAGGUGUGUCUUGAACGAGUAACCAGCUCAGAUUUGGGGCUCAGUGGCACCAUCCAGGUUCGCAAUGUUGCUUUUGAGAAGCGAGUAUCUGUGCGAUACACCUUCAACCAGUGGAAGAGCCUCCAUGAAGUGUGUGCUCAUUGGCACAGUAGCAUCCCUGAGAAAAACGGCCAGGAUCAGGUUGAUGUUUUCACUUUCUUUCUCCCUGUGCCUCCUUUCCUCCUUCAGCUGAGCUCUGUAGUCCAGUUUGCAGCAAGGUACCAAGUCAAUGGUCGAGAGUAUUGGGAUAACAACAGAGGCAAAAACUACAGUCUUACCUGCAGGACUCACCCCCUUAAGAUGCCUAGAGAAUGUGAGGAGAGCUGGAUCCACUUCAUCUGA